GAGCAAAUACCACAUAUUCAGGGGAGCAAAGCUGCUAGACACCUGCAACCAUCCAUGAUCCAUCUACUCUACUCUGCUCCCCUCCUCUCCUUCUUAUCUGCUACAGCAACUAUAUAUUUCCCCCGAGGCAAUUUCGGCGUGCUUUACUUACCAGCGGCCUGUUUUUCCCUCCCCCUGACACAAAAAGGCAAAAUCUAUUUUUGUUAAUUAGGAAAAAGAAAGAGCGCGUGUGAACUGGCGAGGGUGGGAAAAAAGGGGGAUAUAUUGGAGGCUGUAGGCAGGAAACUAUGGGAGCUGGGUAGGAGUAGCUCAAAAAUCUGUGAAUUCGUUUCUUCUGUCCCUCUCUUGUGAUCUUCUCCGUCUGUAGCGCUGGAGUGAGCUCGUGAUGUCUCCAUUUUAGGACGGAGGAGUGUGCAAGUGUGCUUCUUCUUCUUAGUAUUAUUAUCAUUUCUUUUCUGUUUGCACCCCAGAUAUUUCCUUUUGCUGCAACUGUUGAGCUCCAAAUCUGCCGUGGUUCAUUUCGUCUUUGAUUCCGGAGGGAGAAGGGGAUCUGCCAUUUCUGUGCUCGGUUCACCAAUUUCUUGCUCAAACUACUCCUUCUCUUGAGAUUUUACCGUUCCCCUUUUCAGUUUCUUGGAGGUAAUUUCUUGUGCUGUAAAACUCUGGUUUGCCGCUAGAAAGAUCUCGUGUUUGACCGGAGACGGGUUUAUGGGUUUUCGCAGCUUCCUAAUCCCUAGUCCUAACUUCGCUUGAGCGCUCGUGAGCUCUUAGUUAGCGGUGUGAAAAUCGCGGCGUCGAGUGUUCUCGUGCAAGAAUCGGUUGCUGCUGCUGCUAGCCAUGGAGGUGAGGUCCGAGCAAGGGCUAAUGGCGGGAAGGGAUCUGUUCGGCUUGCCCAAGAGCCAGCCGGCGCCGGCGCCAGCAGCUCCGGCAGCGCCGCCGUCCUCGGCAGCCAUGCAGAGCGUGCGCAUGGCGUACACCGCGGACGGCACACCCGUGUUUGCCCCGGUGAGCUCUGCGGUCGCGCCGCCGGGUUACCAACCGGCAGGGUCUGCAGCACCAGCGCAUGGCUCUAGCAUGUCCGCUGCUCGGGCCGCCGGAGGAAAUGGCGUCGCUGCGCCGCCGGGCAUGGGUGAACCGUCGGCGAAGAAGAAGCGCGGGCGGCCAAGGAAGUACGGGCCCGACGCGGCCAUGUCUCUGGCACUGGUGACUGUGCCGACGGCUGCAGGCUCGACAGGUGUGACACAGGGUGCUUCUGGGCGGCCGUUCUCACCCACGCUGCCGGGAAACUUCGUGCCGUCGGCGUCGCCGGAUGGAGGGAAGAAACGCGGCCGGCCCAAGGGAUCUACCAACAAGCCCCGCGUGGAUGGUGCCGGGCCGGCAGGAGUUGGAUUCACACCUCAUGUUCUUACAGUUCAAGCUGGGGAGGAUGUAUCGUCAAAGAUUAUGUCAUUUUCUCAGAAUGGAACUCGUGCAGUUUGUGUUCUCUCAGCAAAUGGUUCCAUAUCAAAUGUAACACUUCGUCAAACUGGUACAUCAGGUGGAACUGUAACAUAUGAGGGCCGAUUUGAGAUACUGUCACUCUCCGGGUCGAUCUUUGUAACGGACAACGGAGGCCAGCGUACCCGAACAGGGGGCCUCAGCGUUUCGUUGGCUGGUCCUGACGGUCGUCUCUUGGGUGGAGGGGUCGCAGGACUUCUCAUAGCAGCUUCUCCAAUCCAGAUAGUAGUGGGAAGCUUCAAUGCUGGUGGGAAAAAAGAGCCGAAGCCACAGGCUCCUCCUGAGCCCGUACCACUGAAGGUCGUUCCAAGCACUGGGAUGGCGGCCAACAGCCCCCCUUCAAGAGGCACAUUGAGCGAAUCGUCUGGUGGCACCGCAAGCCCAAGACAUCAAGGCUACGCCUCCAACAACAAUAACCAGCCGCCGAUCUUGUCCAGCAUGCCCUGGAAAUAACUCAGCAUCCUUGACCGAAUUCGGACAUCGAUAGACUGUUGGUGAACUGCCUCCCUGGCAGGAAGUAGAAAUGUCACUUCUGUCUAACUAGCUCCCAUUUAGUCGUAUAAAUCAGAAGUUUAAUUAGGGAGCAUUGUAGCUGGUAUAAGUGGUAACUGCAGCUGCUGUGUAGGUCGUCUCAGCUUGAAUUUCUGUGCCACUUAGUUGUUUAUUGUUGUCUUGAGAUGAUGUAUUUAGGUAUGAUCUUGUGACCCUAUGAGGCGCUAUGGAAUAAUCAUGUUCUUAUGUUCAGUCAAUUUAUGUAAUUUUCAUGUA